AUGUGCAGUGCUAAGUAUUACUGCCCUGGCGGCCUUGCCUCCAACUCUCAAUAUGGGAGUACUGUGCACAGCCACAUUGACAAUGUGGUGGCAUUGCCGCUGGUACGCACGGAAGCAAAUGUUCGAAUUAGGUUGAUAUUCGAGGCCUGGUUCAUGAAGCACCUGGUAGAGAGGAUGGUGAGAGCAUCAGGCCAGAGUCAAGGUUAUGAUGGGAGUGAUGUGGAGCAAAUGGAAGUGGAUGAAGAGGGGUGGUUUGAGAGAUGUCCUGUGGCUCUGCUGGAAGAUGGCACGAUCUUGCGCCAAUACCUGCGCCAAACGCUGAGGCAUCAUGUUCAUGCGUACCUGAGGGUUGCUGAGGUUUGGCAUACCACUCAUCAUAUUGGACAUGUCCAUGUACCCACUCAUUUUCUGCAUACUGGCAGGCAUGUUCAAAGGAGCUGUGCAAGUGUCAAAUUAUGUGCCCUCCGCUCUGCCAUGACAGGUCCUAGAAUCUGGUCAAGUGUAGCGGCUCUGUGCAAGACCACUCUACCCACUGGACAUGAAGUUUUAGACACGAACUGUGCCAUCAACACGUCUCAACAAGCUACUCUACCAGCUGGACGUGAAGUGGUGAAUUUGAAUGACCACUCAGGACAGCAGGACAACAACGAGGAGGCACCACUCAACUCUCAUGUGGAGACUGGCACAUCAGAAGUCCCUGCUGACGCGAACAACUCAUCAUGGGCUGCUAGGAAUCCAGAUCAGCCUGUUCUGAUGUCUCGAGCCCCUCUUAACGCUGCGCAGAAAGCACAAGCCAAUGCACAAAGAGCAUCACGAAAAAUUUCAGCUGCACAAUGCAAGGGGACUGAAGACGCGCUCACUGGUGCCAUCCAAUGGCUACUUGCUGGGCAAAAUGACAGGAUCGAGGCCAUCGCGUCCGAACAUGGCGUCACUCAAGACAAGGUGAAUAAGCUUAUGGGAGGUGAAAGGUACUACAAAAAAGGGAGUCAAAAUACGCAACUCGCCAAUGCGUUGAUACAUGCAAAAGCGCAAGAGGUCAAUGCAGAUCGUCCUCGUGGCGCCAAGUAUUCACUUGAUGAGAUUCGAGAAAUAGUCAAGGCGGACAAGAGUAUGCAAAACCUAGUUCAUGAGGAGCAGCAAGAAUAUACCACCAAACUCAAUGAACACCGUGCCCUCCAGAACAUGAAGGCUGACGAAAUCAUGCGGAAAUUGGAACAAUGGGCAUGUAUGGCAGGUCGAAAUAUUCUAAUUCACUUAGACCUCGACGAACGGACUAUUGCUAAGUGGCGUGACAUUUGCAUCAACUACACUAAUUUUGAUAUUGCCAUGAAGGAUAAACUCGCAAUUGAUCUCAAGGGCUGGCCUGAGGGUGUGCCGUUCCAGUCCCCCACCAGUAUAAAUGACCUCAAGGCCUUAUUGAAGGACUAUGCUGCCGAACUUGCAGCAUGCCGAAAGAAAGGAGAAGUUAUUGGCAAGCCAUGCAAGAAGCGCACUGAUGCUGGUGUGCCAUGCAAGCGCAAGGGAAAGGAGAACGCACCUCUGAGAAAGCGAGUACGAGCUGCAGGCUCAUCCAUGCAGGCUCCAAAGAGCGUAGAAUACAUAGACACGACUGACGAGGACACAAUUCAUAUGUUCAUUCUCUACCUGUUCAAAAAAAGCCUGGCUCCAAUUGAUGGAUAUGGUGGCAAGAUACUCGAGCUUGGUGGUGACAUGGCUCUUUGGCUGCCGGCGGCACACCGGGAGCAAGUUGCCGAAGAUGCCGAGGCUCUAUACUACCCCCCUACGCUAGCACUAAUUGCCAGUCGAAUAAGACCUGCCAUCAUGCCCAGCUGUCAUGUCUAA